UUGGCACCUCGUUCCGGAAAUCCCGCCCACAUAACCGGAACCGGCUCUCUCUGUCAUCUGACGUCGGGAACCAAAACAAACAGGGGAGGGAGUCGGUGACCUUUCACCCCUGCAUGACACCUCAGAGGUUUCCAUAUCCUUACGUGAGGAUGUAGAGGUCUCUCUCAGCAGAAGAUAAUCUCGGGCUUUUCCAAGACAUGUCCAGGUGGAGAUGCUAUGAAGAAAUCACCUUUCGUUCUGCGCACUGAUGUUGUACAUUAUUGGCAGUGUCACGGGCUUGAUGUGCGUGCUUUUGAUCACCAUUAAGUUCCUGUUUGAACUAAGUUCCAGAGUCCUUACCUUCUGGCAUCAUGACGGGCGGGAACGUGGCACGGAGCGUACCAUAUACAACUAUGUGCGGGGAAAAUACCUGGAGCCCCGCUCCUGCCAGGUGUCAUGGGACUGGAAUGAGCCCUGCGAGGUGGGACAGUCCAUGGGAUUUCGAGUGCAUUUGUUUUACAGGAAUGGACACCCGUUCCCAGUCAUGGGGACUGGCGCCCUGCGGAUCCGGGUCUCGCACACUGAGCUUUCGCUUGACGUCCCGGUGACUCUGGAGGUUGUGCAGAAUCCCCUGAGAAAUGUGGUAAAAGUUGCCUUCACAGUACGGAGGUCUGGGAGAUAUCAGAUCAGUGUCAGUGUUGGAGGUCUCAAUGUUGGAAAUAGCCCUUACUACAAGGUCUUCCACCCAGGUGUGGUAGUCCCAGCAAAGACGCAGAUUGUCGGCCACUUUUCCACACUGGUCCUGACCUGCGGAGAGCAGCAUCUGCUGCAGAUCGCGCCGCGUGAUCAGUAUGGCAACCCAGCUUGUGACAGUGUGAGAGGCCUGGAGAGCUACACCUUGAGCCUGAGCGAGCUUGGCGUCGUGGGUAUGGCUGACGGCUGCUGCCAGACAACUGUCUGUAAUGGGAAACAGAACCGGGUUCUGCUGCACCUCACUCUACUCCAGACGGGAUGUUUCCAGGCCACGCUACGUUACCAGGGACAACCUGUCGGCAACGGACACUUCAAUAUCAUUGUUCUGAGUGAUGCUGAGAAGGCGUCUGUGGAUACUAAUGUGUCGCGAUCUGGAGUAGGAGUUUUCUUUGAGGGUUACCUUUACCCUCCUUCAAGUCCGCCAAAUGUCUCUGGGCAGCAGAGCCCCUCGUCCCCCAGCCAGAAAGAGGAGGCCUGCUCCUCGCUUAGUGGAAAUGCUCCAGAAAGGAUGAAGAAACCUAAGAAGGUCUAUUUCUACAUCUCCCCUAAGCAAUUGUCAGUAAAAGAGUUUUACUUGCGGAUAAUUCCCUGGCGUCUCUUCACUUUCCGAGUGUGUCCUGGGACCAAGUUCCUGUACCUCCCUCCAGACCCCCUGCAUGGACUGCUCUCCUUACAGGUGGACGAUGGCCUGCAGCCUCCUAUAGAGAUCAGCUGCAAAGACCGGAACAUUAUGGCUGCAACAUUUACCCGUUUCCUGCACCUGAAUAUUGGUGGAUCUGAGAUGUUCCAGGAUAAAGUCACGUUCUUCCAGAAGGAGCUGAAACUCAUUCAUUGCAAGAAAAACCGCAGCAAAAUAACCCUGAGAGUGAGCAGACACUCGCUACUGGAGAGUUCACUAAGAGCAACAAGGAACUUUUCUGCCUCGGACUGGAGCAAAAACUUUGAAGUGAUUUUUCAAGAUGAAGAAGCUCUGGACUGGGGUGGGCCACGCAGAGAAUGGUUUGAACUGAUCUGUAAAGUUUUAUUUGACACAAGCAACAAACUCUUCACUCGUUUCGGUGACUCCAACCAGGGCCUGGUACACCCUAACCCAAGCCGCCCGGCCUGGUUACGACUGAAGCUGUAUGAGUUUGCAGGCAGGGUGGUGGGCAAGUGUCUGUUUGAAUCUUCUCAGGGAGGUGGCUAUGAACAGCUGGUGAGAGCCAGGUUCACACGAUCCUUUCUGGCACAGAUCAUUGGACUUCGCAUGCACUAUAAGUACUUUGAGACAGACGACCCAGACUUCUUUCAGUCCAAAGUUCUCUACCUUUUAACCCACGAUGUCUCAGACACAGACCUUGUCUUUGCUGAGGAGAAAUAUGGACGUGGGGGGCAGCUAGAUAAGGUGGUGGAGCUCAUUCCAGGGGGCUCUCAGAUUUUGGUCACCAAUGAGAAUAAGAUCUAUUACUUGAAUCUCCUGGCUCAGUACCGCCUCUGCAGCCAGGUGCGGGAGGAGGUGGAGCACUUUCUGAAAGGACUGAAUGAACUUGUCCCAGACAAUCUGCUCGGGAUCUUUGAUGAGAAUGAAUUAGAGCUCCUGAUGUGCGGCACCGGGCACAUUGCCGUCCAGGACUUCCAGGCACAUGCUGUGGUCAUUGGAGGGUCUUGGCUGUUCCGGGAGAAGGUCAUGCACUGGUUCUGGGCUGUGGUUUGCAGCUUCACGCAGGAGGAGUUGGCCCGUCUGCUGCAGUUUACGACUGGAUCGUCUCAGCUUCCCCCUGGUGGAUUUGCGGCUCUGUGUCCGAGCUUCCAAAUCAUUGGUUCCCCUGCCCAUGGCACACUACCUACUGCUCACACCUGUUUCAACCAGCUAUGUCUCCCCACCUACGAUUCCUACGACGAGAUGCACAGGAUGCUGAAACUCGCCAUCAGUGAGGGAUGUGAAGGAUUCGGGAUGGUGUAAUGGGCCCUGGCUAAGAUUCACCCACAGUGGGUGUUACUUUUACAGACGUUCCCAACUAUGGCAUUCCCUCAAGUUUUCCUCUAGAGGAACGAACAGCAGCUAAGAAAAGCACAAACUCCUGUCUCUAUGUGAUGCUAAAGCUUACACUGGAUGGGACAAUGCUCUGAGCCAUUCCUAGCGAACGUUACACUGGAAUUGUCAGGGGGAGAGAAAAUCCCUCCUCUCCUCUAGAUAACACAUUGACAGACCCCAGCUUAUGGUGGAAUGAAACGCCCUUCUGAACAAUCGGAUAAAAUUUUAUUGGCUGGGAUGAUCAGUAACAAAGCAUUUAACAGGUGUUAAUUGACAAUUUAUUUCAGUUGAUUUUUUUUUAAUUAAAAAUAUUACCAAAGAAA